AUGUCGGAAUCUUUUUCAUCGCAACAGCAGCAGCAGCAGCAGCAGCAGCAGCAACAGCAGCACGUUAGCUUUAAUUUGUCAUCAGACGGUUCGCUUGACGACGAGACGGACGGGUUUCGUAACUACUAUGCGCCCUUAUCUCAAACUUUGAAUAAUGACCAUCAGUGGUCGCCAUCCACGUCACCGGACUCGGAACGCGAUCCUCACGCCGGUGGUGGUCCGCCUCACCCACCGUCUUCCUCUGGACCAGCAUCAGCGUCGUCUACGUCUUAUUAUGCCAGUCAACAGCAAGUAUUGACAAACAACAAAAAUGGCCUUGACCAGUAUGGAGGCUUGUCCAUGUCACAUACCAAUGAGAUCAUUGACCAGUCGAAAUCGCAUGAUUCCGAGCAAGUUGUGGAAAGCUCAGAAAAUAAGCGCUAUGUGCGCUUAAACACGCUGCUUGGCAAGGGCGCUUACAAGGUUGUGUACAAGGCGAUUGAUCGAGAAGAGGGCUAUGAGGUCGCAUGGAACACGAUGCAGGCGGCACCCAAAGAUCUUGAGCACGAAAUUGAUAUUCUGAAAUCGGUGCGACACCCGAACAUCAUUGCGUUCCACGACGCCUGGUAUCAAAAGAACGAGUUUGUCUUUAUUACUGAAUUGAUGACUUCGGGCACGCUGCGCGAGUACAUACGCAAGUUGAGUCUACCGAACAACAAGAUUGUAAAGCGAUGGUCGCGACAGAUUUUAAAGGGCCUGGCCUACUUGCACGGCUACAAUCCACCGAUCAUUCACCGCGACAUCAAGUGCGACAACAUUUUUAUCAACGGCGCGCACGGUGAAGUCAAGAUCGGCGACAUGGGUACGGCUGAAAUGAAGAUGGGCAAAAAAUACACCAUUAUCGGUACCCCGGAAUUUAUGGCCCCCGAAAUGUACGAAGAGCUAGGAUACAGUGAAAAGGUUGAUAUCUAUGCAUUCGGCAUGUGUCUUUUGGAGAUGGCUACGGGCGAAUACCCUUACGGAGAGUGCAGAAACCCCGCCCAAAUCUACAAGAAAGUUUCUGCAGGCGUCAAGCCGGCAUGCCUUCAACAAAUUCAGAACCCGGAGGUGCUUAGCAUCAUUGAGAACUGUCUGGGUCCCGAAGAGUCAAGACUUUCGGCACAAGAGAUCCUCGAGCAUACGUUUCUUGCUGUCGAGCCCGAUGUGGUCUUACUCGCAGCCGAUCCUACACAUGUGCAUUUGACGCUGCAGGUGGUGUUUAAGGGAUUAGACAAGUUGUCGGUCAAGUUCGAUUUCAACGGUGAAACGGACACGGCUGAGCAGGUUGUGCGGGAAAUGAUUGAAGAGCAGGUCCUCCCAGAGCGAUAUCAGCAUCAUAUCACCAAGGAGAUCAAUCGCAUACUACGCGAUCUGGACAAACCAACCAACGAGACUGAGAAGGAGAUCCAUCCGCGUCACUCGAUCUGGCGGAGGGACACAGAUGCACGUCCCGACAGCGAGAUCCAGCAUGAGCUGGAACGUACUCGCAUGGAGCUUGAACGCACCACGGAACACGCUCGUGAUAUUGAAUCCAAGUGCGAGAGCUUUGAGAAUCUGGCCCGCUCGGCCGAGAACCGGUACCGCGAGGCCAUGCGUAACUUACGAGAGCUCCAAGAGCGUCACAAGAUUGAGCUGGAAACUGUCAAGGCAGCACCGGCGGUAUCGACGCCAACGGCCAGUUACCCACCCGAACCACACGCGUCGCAGGAACAAAGUCCUUACGAGGAGCACACGGCGAGCGCGCCACCCAGUGUGGAUGUGGACAAGUUGGAAAAGGAGAGUCAAUUCGAAGCGAACUCUCCAGCAGCGCGUGAUGCGUUGGUUUCACGUAUUCUUGAAGAAUAUUCGGAUGACACCGACAUUGAGGUGUUUGUGCAAGACUGUGCACGCGCAUCGCAUCGGAACCUCGACAAGGCACACGAAUGGAUCAAAAAGUUACAAAACCAAGACAUUAUGACGGUGGGUGAUCUGCGGGAUCUGCACGAUGAAGAUUGGGCGGGUAUUGGAUUGACAGUAUUUGCUCUGAGAGCGUUAAAAAACAUGCUCAAGGGCAAAAAACUGGCUGGACAAAACAUCACCACGGCGACCGGUUCUUCUUAUGGUGGUGGCCCUGUUACUGGCUCCAGCACGCCCGCCUCUUCUGCACCUCCAUCAGCGCGUCUUUCUCCUCCGUCCACUUAG